UUAUAUAGGUAGUAUAUGAUAAAAAAUGAUUAUCUAUUAAUUUUUUUAGGUGUGGUAAUAUUAAUUUUAGGAGUUUUAAUUGGUGUUGCUUUUUUAACUUUAUUAGAACGUAAGGUAUUAGGUUAUAUUCAAAUUCGGAAAGGGCCUAAUAAAUUAGGUAUUAUAGGAAUUUUACAACCUUUUAGUGAUGCAGUUAAAUUAUUUACUAAGGAGCAAAUUUAUCCUAUAUAUUCAAAUUAUUUUGUUUAUUAUUUUUCUCCUAUUUUUAGUUUUUUUUUAUCUUUAUUAAUUUGAAUGGUUAUUCCUUAUUAUUUUAAUAUAAUUAGAUUUAAUUUAGGGUUUUUAUUUUUUUUUUGUUGUACUAGUAUGGGGGUUUAUACAUUAAUAGUAGCUGGUUGAUCUUCUAAUUCUAAUUAUUCAUUAUUGGGGGGUUUACGUGCAGUUGCUCAAACUAUUUCUUAUGAAGUUAGUUUAGCUUUAAUUAUAUUAUCUGUUAUUAUUAUAAUUAUAGAUUUUAAUUUAUUAAAAUUUAAUAAUUAUCAAAUAAUAAUUUGAUUUAUUUUUAUUAUAAUACCUUUAUCUUUGUGUUGAUUAUCGUCUAGUUUGGCUGAAACUAAUCGAACACCUUUUGAUUUUGCUGAGGGUGAGAGAGAAUUAGUAUCUGGGUUUAAUAUUGAGUAUAGAAGAGGGGGGUUUGCUUUAAUUUUUUUAGCUGAAUAUUCAAGAAUUUUAUUUAUAAGUAUAUUAUUUAUUUUAAUAUAUAUGGGAGGUUAUGAUUUAAGAUUUUUUUUUUAUUUAAAAUUAGUAUUUAUUUCAUUUUUUUUUAUUUGGGUUCGGGGAACAUUACCUCGAUAUCGGUAUGAUAAGUUGAUAUAUUUAGCUUGAAAAAGAUAUUUACCUCUUUCUUUAAAUUUUUUAAUAUUAUUUAUUGGUAUAAAAAUUUUUUUUAUUUAAAAUAUAAUUUUUUUAGUAUAAAUUAAUAGAAUAUGGAAUUCUUUCUUAAGUUUUCAAAACAAAUGCUUAUGACAAGCUCAUUAAUUAGUUAAAAAUUAAAUUAUCUCAAUAUUUACUCAAUAAAGGGUUAAAAAUAAAAUAAGAAAAAUAAAUAAUAGUAAGUAAUUGUCCUGUGAUAAUAUAAGGUUCUUCUACAGGUCGGGCUCCAAUUCAAGUUAAUAAGAUAACUGUAGUUACUAUAGAUCAAAAUAAAAUUUGGUUAAUUGGGUAGAAUUGAAUUCCUUGAAUUUUUUUAUUAAAGGUUAAAGGUAGAAUAAUUAAAAUUAAAAUAGAUAUGAUUAAAGCAAUAACUCCUCCUAGUUUAUUGGGGAUAGAUCGUAAGAUUGCAUAGGCAAAUAAAAAAUAUCAUUCAGGUUGAAUAUGGACAGGGGUAACUAAUGGAUUAGCGGGGAUAAAAUUAUCUGGGUCUCCUAAAAGAUAUGGAUUAAUUAUGGUUAAUAUAAUUAAAAUAAAUAAUAUGAUUAAAAAUCCCACUAAAUCCUU